CGACAGUAACAAGUUGGUUUGUCGCUAUGAAAGUUCAUUCUGUAACUGGUGUGCUAUCUGAUAUGAAAUAUUUCCAUCACCUUGAUGAUACAAAGAAACCCCGUCACAGAACUACAUUUUCUCCAUUCCAAUUAAAAGAAAUGGAAAAGUCUUUCCGGAAAGCUCCAUAUCCCGAUGUUGUAACAAGAGAUGAACUAGCAAAGAAAUUAAAUCUCGCAGAAUCACGUGUUCAGAUUUGGUUUCAGAAUAGACGGGCAAAAUGGAGAAAAGGUAUAACUCCACGUGUUGAAAUAAACCAGGAUGACAUUCAGAGUUUACAAGAUGAUUCAAGGAAACCUAAUGUAGAACCAACAGAAAGUGACUUAGUUCAAGAGUUCCCCAGACCUGAAUGGAAUCCAUGGGGAUUUCUCGGAAACUAUGCAUUCCUGUCCCAGCCUUGGUAUGGGAGAUACGCUGAUUAUGAAUUAGCACAUCGUAAUUCGUUCCAUCAGAACUAUAACAUUUCCAAGGACUAUGCAUCAUGCUACUCUCCCAUGAACCUUGUCAAAACUAAUGAUUCAUCAGCUCAUUUGGAGAAUGAAUCAUCAGAAAUAACAAAACCUGGAGCCAUAUAAAUUAUCUAGAUAAUCGUGGCAAUAACUAUUUAUUAUCAUAUUUAUUAAAUUACAAUCCUGGUAUUUGAAAUAUAUAUUUUGUAUAAAUUCUUAAAUGAGUUAAACAACGUAUUUACUAUGUAAAAUACUUAUUUAUUUUUAUAUAUAAUUUGCUUUUACGUUACAAAACGAGAGUGAAUAAAUACCAGAUUACAUCAUGAAA